AUGGUCAAAGUUGCAAUUAUCACUUAUUCCUUGUACGGUCAUAUCGACACUUUGGCAAAGGCUUUGCAAAAAGGUAUUGAAACCGCAGGUGGCAAAGCUGACCUCUACAGGGUCGAGGAGACUUUGAGCGAUGAAAUUUUGGAAGAAUUGCAUGCGCCUGAGAAGUCAAGUGAUAUCCCAAUCAUGACUCCUGAAAAAUUGGUCGAAUAUGAUGCAUUCUUGUUUGGUAUCCCCACUAGAUUUGGUGCUUUGCCUGCCCAAUGGUCGACCUUUUGGGAUAAGACUGGUGCCAUUUGGACCGAGGGAACUUUACAUGGUAAAGUUGCUGGUCUUUUCGUUAGCACUGCUUCUUACGGCGGCGGCCAAGAGACCACUAUUAAGAGCGCAUUGAAUUACUUGAGCCAUCACGGUAUUAUUUACAUUCCCUUGGGUUACAAAAAUGCCUUUGCAGAAUUGGCAAACAUCGACGAAGUGCAUGGUGGUUCCCCUUGGGGUUCCGGAACUUUGGCAGGCUCUGAUGGUUCAAGAACAGCAUCCGAACUCGAACUGAGGACUGCCCAGAUUCAAGGUAAAACUUUUUACGAACUCGCCAAGAAGUUCUUUACCACGCCAGCUGAGCAUAAGAAGAAAUCGCCAACUAAAAAGGCUGAAUCCUCAACUAGACAAGUUGAAAAAGUCGAGGAAAAGCCAUCUUCUACAAGCAAGAAUUGCUGCUCUAUCAUGUGA